ACGUUCAGUUUUCAAAAACCAUACAAAACACACACACUUGUGUCAAUAUGCAUUACCACACACCACCCACCCACCACUCCACACAUAUAUCUCUCUAAUCUCUUCUUCUCCACAACAUCUUCAGUCUUCACACACUUUCUUGCAAUAGAUCAUUCUCCACAACAUCAAGAUCAAGAACCCCUGGUUUCAAUGGAUUUACAGAAAAACCCUAAUCUUGACACCACCCACAACCAGCACCACCAUGUUCUACCAUCACCAUCAUCUUCAUCACAAGAUUUCAAAACAAACCAUCAUCAACACAAUAUUCAUAGUUCAAAGAAAACUCAUGAAGAUGAAGGGUUCAUCUUCAAGAACCCUAAUUCUCUCUCUUGUCCUUCACUUGUGGGCAGAGAAGAAUACAUGCCCCCACCGCCGCCGCCAUCGCUACAAGAUAUCAAGAAAGCCCAUCAUGGACACAACAUUCAUGUGUCAAACAAGACCAACAUUGGAAAGGAAGGAUUCACCUUCAAGAACCCUAAUUCUGAAGUGAUCAAGAAACCGAAUUUAGUUUCUUGUUCUUUGCGGCCGGACGGAAAAGGACACAUGACCACACCACCACCAUCGGUACCUGAGGUGGAGGAGAGUGGAAGAGAUAGGCUAAAGAGGCAUCGGGUCGAGAUGGCGGGUCGGGUUUGGAUCCCGGACACAUGGGGACACGAAGAUUUUCUCAAAGAUUGGAUAGAUUGCACUGUGUUUGAUUCUUCUUUAGGGAACAACACCAUAAUGUCAGCUAGAGCAGCUUUGAUACAAGAAGGAAGAUCAAAAGUAAGAAUAGAAAACAAGUGUUAAUUAUCAAAAUUAUUAGGUUUUUAAGUGUUAUUCCUCAUGUUUCAUGUUAAAAAAUUUAGUUUAAUUUAGUUGAGAUGCAUCUACUUAAACCCUUGAAACUUUUUGGGUAUGUUGAGAUCCAGGCUUAUGUACUUUUUAGGGAUUUAUUGAAGAUACUUAACUUGAUGAAUGAUAAAGAUUCGAUCUUUAUGUUGUUUUUGGUGUUUUUCGUGAACAAAAAGCAAGCAUAAUUAAUA